GUUUGCCAUUAAUCUGUCAUGUUGAAUAAAAUAAGCGACAGUCUUCAUAGUUCAAUACUCUGCUGUUUGUGACCGUUUAAGAUUCGAGAGUUCAAAGCUAGUGAGCUAGUUAGCAUGUAGCUGCUAAACAAUAAGGAAUCGAUUCAUUUAAUUGACGGCAGCGAGAGGCCGGGGAUGUGAAGAUGCUGCGCAGGAAACCCACGCGCCUGGAGCUGAAGCUGGAUGACACGGAGGAGUUUGAAAGCGUCAAGAAAGAGCUGGAGAGUCGGAAGAAACAGAGAGAUGAGGUGGAUGUAGUUGGUGUCGCCACAUCCAGCGAGAUGAGCGGAGCAUCAGGUGGCGGCACGGACGGGAAGACCAGGGAGCAGAUGAUCCACGAGCGAAUCGGUUACAAACCCCACCCAAAGCCUAACACGUUACCGUCGCUUUUUGGGAACCUUCAGUUUUGACAGUUUGCAAACAUGGAAAAAAAAAAUGGACUACAAGGUCUCGAGAAUCUGCAUCACACACAUACAUGCAUUAUGAUUUGAUAAUGCCUGACCUGAAAUAGACUGAAAGCACAUGCAUUCUGGUUCUGGUUAACUGUGUAUUCGUGAUAACUGAUUACAAAGGACUAUUUUUCUACUUGAGUAAAUAAAAUCUUAGUUGGAUGUGGAAAA